CCUUCCAGCUGGUGAAUCACUACUAGAAAGUGCAGGUACAGGGAGGCAGGCAAACCAGCAUGUCCAGUCCCUUGUGGCCUAUGGGAUAAAAACCAAAGGCUAGCAAAUGGAACGAGCUAAAGGCCAAGGAGCUCCCUGGAACAAGAAGGACUGUGAAGGGAUCUUGAGACAUGCUCCAGAGACAGCUCGUCCUUACUGGAGAAAGCUGGGUGGGAAUGACUCAAACCAAUGAGAAUAGAACGCAUGGGAAUGAGGAAGAGCAGUCUACAAACCAGUGCACAAGUGUCUACACUGUGAUGUCAUAGCCUGCAGCAGGGUCAGCUGUCGUGAACUGGCCUUGGUGUUCAUUACAGUGUGGACAUGUGCUGAGAGCGAGUGGCAGCAGCACUGGCUGGGUCUGGCCAGCCUGGGGCCGAAGAAAAGAUCACCAGCGAGGGGGCAGGAGGUGAAGUUCCCUGCAGCACCGUGCCCAGGCAGGAGGGGGAUCCCUAGAGGCGAAGAUGUUCUCAUACAGACCCGUAGCACCAGAGCUCUGGAAAUCCGCGGGUACAUGAGGGAUCAAACGCUCCACGGACACUACGCAGACUGAGCCGGCCAGGAGAAGGGGAAAGAUGCCGAUCCCUCCCCCCCCUCCACCGCCUCCCGGCCCCCCUCCACCACCAACUUUUAAUCAGGCCAACAUUGAGCCCCCCAAGCUGAACCGAGACGAGCAGCGAGGCCGAGGCGCCCUGCUCCAAGACAUCUGCAAAGGGACCAGACUGAAAAAGGUGACGCAGAUCAAUGACCGGAGCGCGCCCGUCCUGGAGAAACCCAAGGGAGGUGGUGGCAGCAGGUCCCGGUCAGCAGCGCUCCAAAGCUCAGACCUGUGGGAGCAAAGGAAAACUCAGCCGGGCGUCCACAAUGGCCCUUGCAGCCCCCCCAACGAGCUGGCGCCGGAGCUGCCUCAGAGACACAACUCUUUGCAUAGGAAGACCCCAGGCCCUGUGAGGGGCCUGGCCCCUCCUCCACCCUCUUCAGCCUCCCCGUCGCUCCAGAGCAAUCGGCCCCCUCCACCGGCCCGGGACCCUCCUAGCAGGGGAGCAGGUAAGAAGCCCUGCAACGCCCCCUCGCCGCCUCCGCCUCCACCAGUGAGAAAUGGGCACAGAGAUUCCAUCGCCACCGUGCGAUCUUUCUUGGAUGACUUUGAGUCCAAAUAUUCGUUUCACCCCGUCGAAGACUUCCCCGCUCCAGAGGAGUAUAAACACUUCCAGAGAAUCUACCCCAGCAAAACGAACCGAGCGACCCGGGGGGCCCCGCCGCUGCCUCCCAUCCCCAGGUGAAGUCCAGCUGCACAGUCUGGUUGUUCCUUGGUGAGGAGAUGGACCUUCUCUCCUUCCCUUGAAUGGACUUUCCCCGGCCUCCCUGCCCCUAGGUACCUGCAUGAGCCGCUCCCAGUGUUUUGUUUUGUUUUUUCCAACUGUUGCAAGGAACAAACAAACCCGGAUGAAUCCACUCGCACCUCCAUCUAUGCAUUUCAUACCUGGACACAGUGACUUGGCAGCAGGCACCUGGGUGAGUCCCUUCCUCCGCUUCUUAGCUGCAGAUCCGCAGGCCGGGCCGGAAGGAGGCUUCCUGCUCCUCUCUGAAGAUCUGGGCAAAAAGACUCUUCUGGUCCAUAAAGUUAAUAUAACGUAGGGCGACCUCUAAGUAAAGCAGACUAGCGUGUGACGGCUUUGGGGCCAGACCCCAGCGUGGUGCCCCAUGCUAGGGCAGGGCGAGGGGGGUCAGAGCUGGAGAAAGAAGUGCAGGGAAAGGGGCAGGGUUUUAAAUCGAAAUGUCUUGAACACUAUUGGCUGUGAACACGAUACACUGAUCAGGUCGGCUAACACGGCAGGGUGAGUAAUGUUCUUUUCCCAAACACUGCUCUUACCAUCCCCCCGGGGGUACAGCGAAGGGGACCAUCCUGUCCCACAGGAACUCAGACCCCUGGGCAGAGCAAAUCCUAGCCCAAGGUGUGCCGGAAGAGCCAUUCCAGCAGGGAUUGAACUGUGGCUGUAACGGGGAGGCUGCAGCAGCUGUGUGGGUGGGAGCUGAAAGUUUUCUUUGCCGUUCCAGGGCCGUGUUCUGCCUACGGUUGCUGUGCAUGGCUGCACAGCUCUUCCUCAGUACAUCAUUGUAACAAAUAGAGCGCUGCUAGCUCCCCCACCCCCCCAGCGGAGAAUUUGACUAGACUAAUCAUUCCUGGAUUUUUAACUUGGUCACAGCAGCUGCAAGUGUCUCCGGCUCACCCCCUGGUUAGGAGAUGGAUGGUAGCUAGUGGCCCAUGGUGCGCCAGCUUGCCGUAUUGGGAAUGGUCAACUUAAUCACGCUGAUGGGAUCCUGUGAAACACUGCCCCCCUCCCAGCGGGUGGCACAGCCCUUCCUGGCCUGCUGGGCGCUCUCGUUUUAAUGCUAAAUGACCAAAUUCAUAAUUUUAACAGGAAGAAGAUAAUUGUUAUAAUGUUAAUAAGCAAAAAAAAUAUGGACACCCUGGUAAAUAGGUUUUAAUCGGUGGGGGUGGAGGGAGAUUGGGGUCCUCGUGUUCUGUGGGUUGUGUGGUUAGAGGGGAUGUUUUCACACUAUUUCUCACGAGGAGAUUGCCUCGUUUGGCCAGACUAGCUAACGACUGUUCAUCUUCCACGGAAGGAUUUCUAAUAAUAAUCAUCCAGUAUCUAGCUGCUGUUUUUGCCUUAUACACUACUCUGUCCUGUUGGUACCAGAUUGAUGAUUCUGUAUAUUGACUCUCUAACCUGGAGGGGGGUUACAUUAAUCAUAGUUACUGAUCUAUUUUGUAUGUUGUAAAAAGCUUGUAAUAUAGGAUAAAGGUGGGCCUGUUGCAAGUAUACUAAAAUCCUCACCUUUAAACUGCUCUUUUUCUAUGAUGAUGGAAAUGUAUCCUUUUUACGUUAGAACUAGGCAGCACUCAUGUUGAGGACCGCUGCCCAGUUAAAGGAAAUUUGGGGAAAGGGGUUGGGGUGUGGUUUUGUUUUUUGUUCUGGAGGGAAAAAUAUCUGCCCAGCUUAGCUGGCGGGAAGAGAAGUUAAUGCACUGUGCAUUUUUGUUUAAAUAAAUUUUUUUUUUUAAAGGAGGAAAAAAAAAAGCCUUUCCCUGUAACAUUUGCUCCCUGUAAGUCUUGUUUUGGAAGCAGAGGGGGUUCUUUUCAAGGGAAAAAAUAAAAACCAAUAAGCUUGAAAUUGCAUUUAAAUAAAAACAAUAAAGAUGCCCCCGUCUGUUCAGAUUGCUACUUCUGGGCCAAAGCACUUUGCUGUUAGGUGUUUCCGAUGUUGCUGCGUGGCGUUGUACUUCCAUUGCUCCUCUGAGACCCUCCUGCGUUUCCUGCAUCGCCCUGCUGUGCUGUCUGUCCAUCUUGGCCCUCAUCAGCCCUUUUCUCCCCACUGACGGAACCAGCUUCGUAGCGGUUCGGGGAGUAGCUGACAGUUCUGCCCAACUGGUCUGUGACUCAGCCAAGGGUGCUGCUCUUGGCAGCUCACUGGGAGCCCGGAAGGGAGGCAUGGAAUUGCUAGGGUGGAGGAGAGAGGCAGAAGGAAGUGCAGAGGAUGUCGUCGUAUGCCAACGUGAUGCUUCCUCAACUAGCCUGACCCACUUCACACCAGAAAAGACUGGUGACAAGAAUUGGACCAAAACUUUGCUUAGCAUGACGUGGGGUUUGCUUGAUUUUCCCGAUCGCUUGAAAUGGAGCCCUUGAGCCUGGGGGCUUCUCUAAUAAUAGACUCUGCAACAAAGAGGAGGGGAGUCUGCCCCUCAAGAGGCGCACGAUCGCUUUGGAUUCCCCAGCCAGCAAGACUGUGCUGUGUCCUCUUUGGCAUCCGCUGGGAACAGAAUUCCAAACAGUCCUGUUUCUUGGAGUCUUGCGCUGCCCCGGGAGCAGCUCCGAAGGGCUGCAGGAGGGAGGGGCUCGCUGAGGCUGCCGAAAGACACCCACCCGCUGGACGUAAACAAAAGGAAAAACUUUCUCCGUUCAUGCUCACAGUGCCUUAUCUGUGUCCAAAGCAUUGCGGACUCCUCUCCAUGUGUUUUGUGGAGUGAAGCAACUCGGCGUGCAUCUUCCCACCUCUGCUGUUUGCUUUUCCUUCCAUGGGCCUAUUUCCAAUCCCCACUUCUUCUUGACGGCAGCACCCUGAGCAGAAAGCUUCCAGUUUCUUGUCUCUUUCAUUGCAGCCACUCCUCAGCAUGGAAAAGCCCGAGUAUCCGAUGGCCCAUUUGGAGAAAUGCACCUGGCCUGACCUGUGGAGGCCGCAUGGUUGCUGGAUUUGUAUAAUUUAUUGUGUGAUUUGGGGUUGGUUUUUUUUUUCUGGUUACAUUUUGCUUCAAGAUUGUAGCCAUCUCUCAAGGUGCGACUUCUCCCUGAGCGGAUGAGCACUGUAGCUCGGACGUGGGCUGCCUCCUGUAUGCUGCUUCCCGUCUCUCCUACAUGCAAUUCUUUAAAACCUCACUAUUAAAACAGUAAUCCCCGUG